AUGGUUCAGGACAAGCUGUGGCUUGCAGAGGAACAGUUCCCACCGGAUAUGAGUCCGCAUGUCCUCUCCACCUCUGAACAACUGCUGGACAACCCUGGCUGUAUCGGUAGGGCAGCGGUCGUGGCCAAGAUUAUGGGAGGCCUGCAGGAAAUGGAUAGUUCCAUUCCUGAGGUCGGGGAGUUGGACUUGGGGAAUGGGCCGAACAUUGGCCAAGGGGAGCCUCUGCUCAACAGGAGCAGCGCCCGAAUAGGUCUCGACCCUACGGGGGUCAAGGAUGAGAUCUUGAACCCCUACACAGAUGCUUAUGCUCACUUCGGCCUUCAGGUGAAUCUGAAGACACAGGUACGGACUCUGCCAAAGGCUGGAGAUGCACAAUCUGAUCUGAUGUUAAAUUUUUUCAUCGAUGUCCGCGGUGGUCGACAGGUGGGAGUGCAGAUACUGAAAGAGGAAAUUUUCCGCCUCGGGAAAAAGUUUGUUUUGGAGGACUUGGGUCAUAACUUGCAAGAAUGUAACCGGGUGUACUAUGGCAGCGUGGGUAAGACUUACGAGUUGCAGAUCCAUUGGCCCCUCCAGAGCAGGAGAAUCCCUGUGUGCAAUCUGACGUUGGUGGCCGCCGGGGGCCCGCAUGGUGACCUCAUACAGCUGGCCUUCCACAAGUUCUCGCUGGGCAAGCUCAACUCCCACAAGGACCGGGGCUGCCCGCACGGACACAUGCAGGUCAUAGAGAACCAGCGCAAGUACAGGCCAGGGUAUUGGUGUGGGAACGGCAUGGGUCUGGAGAUGUACUACUCAGAGACGCCUUCUGUCUCGGUCAUCAUCACACGGCUGCCCACCGACAACGACCUCACCGCCCUCGACGCCUUUUCUAGUUUCUACUUCAAAAUGUCUUAUAAGUUCCUGCGUCGGGAGUCAGCUGUCGUGAGGUAUGGGAAACCAACGGAGCCAAAGUACCUGGGCUUACGAGACAAGACUACUGUCUGCAAUGCACUCUUUACCAACUGUGACCAGCGCCCGUGUUACGUGCAGUCGCCUAACUUUCCCGGAAUGUACCCAAGAAACACCACUUGUUAUUAUUAUCUCAGCCAGACCAGGUCCCCACCUGGAAAGCGGGCUAUUAUCUCUCUCAGUCAAGAAGACGGUCACCUGGUGCACGUGAAGAGCCUGGUGCAGUCCCACGACACUACUGAACGUCACCUCAAGCUUUAUGCAGACUGUUACUAUGUGGGCGACUAUGUGCGUGUAUAUGACGGCAAAUCAACUACUUCGCCCGUCUUGGUUACCUUCUGCCGGGGGGACGUCGUGCCAGAAAUUAUCUCGUCCGGACCAGACGUCCUGAUAGAGUUCACCACCUCGCCGUUUGACUUUCCGCACCACGAGGUUCCUUGGACACAUGUGUCGGGUUUCGAGCUGCGAGCUGAGACACGGUUCAUACCCACGGCAGCUAUCGGCGAGGACUGCAGGGUGGAAUUUCGAAGCAGCGACAAUACUACUGGGUGGGUAGAGGGUGCUACCCACAGCGUGCCACCCAACAGUACAUGCGUGUGGCAGUUCUUGGGAUCACCCGGCCAGGUGGUGUGGAUCACCUUCGUGCACUACUUGAGGCAAACUCAGCUCACAAAGCUUCAAGCAAAAAUGUGCGCGACGCAGCUGACAAUCAGUGACGGAGAGUGGCCAGACGGAGAGAUCAUCGACCACCACUGCCACGACACAGAACUACGCACCUGUGACCGUGCCCGAAGGCUCCUAGAGGAGGCCAACGUGCGUCCCUGCGGCAAGAACGAGUCUUACGUGUCCAAAGGUAGCAGCUUAAGCAUGUCCCAAUACUUCGGGGACGGCAGCAUUGUCACAAAAGUUUCGUUUAUGCUUAGGUACGAGUUCGUGGACCGUGGUCAGACAGGUGAGUGGGCAGGUGACCCCUGUAUGCGUGUCAUCAGGAGUGACGGAGAGACUCAUGGCAACAUCACCUUUACGGCACCUCGGGACGUGUUCCUAUAUGGUCGUGGAGGACGCCCUGCCGUGUCCUGCUCAUGGCGACUGCUUGGGGCUCCUGACCAGGUGGUACGUCUCACAAUUAACAGUAUUCUCACCGGAUCAUCCGGUUGCCGGACACAAGUAAACCGGCAGACGAAGGCCCAGCGUUGUAUACCUGGAGGAGCUUCGCACAUGUCCCUGGCUGUGUCUGAGUGGCCGUGGGCUGACGUGGAGCUUCCAUUGGCGUGUAUCUGUUCCCAGGACUUCGUGCCAGUCACGGAAGUGUCACAUGGGCCAGAUCUAACGCUUAAUCUCACCAUAAAUGGGAUGCUACCCCACGAAGACUAUAGACACUAUUCCUUCAAUGCCACUUACGAGUUUCUGAAAGCGCCCGGGUGUCUAGGGGCGACAAGGGUGCUGUCUGGAGCCGCUGGGGAGGUUGUAGCAGCUUCUUCAUCUUCAAACUCUAAGGCCAGUUGUGAGGGCUUUCCUUGGCUUCUGAAGACGCCGCCAAAUUUUACUCUGUUCUUGACUCUUCCGCGCGCUAGCCUGGACAAUGGCUCCUGCGCUUCCGAUACUCGAUUAUUCUUCCAUGUUCCAGGGAGAGCUGAACCUGUGCUUGGUGUGUGUCCUUCUCCCGACCCAGCAGCCUCCAUCACCUUCUUCUGGCCUCCUCCUGAGCCACGACUGAUGAGUCAACAGCCGCCUGAUGAACAGUCUAACACUAACGGUUCUAACGAAGACGCUGAGACAGACGACAAACCUACCAGCCGUGAGUUAGAUUUCCGAGAAGCUGACGGCCACGACUCUUCCCUUGUAGUGGUUUGGGAGCCGCGUAGUGCAUCGCGUUUACGGCUGCGUUGGCUUACGACCUGGAAGCCAACAGACGCAGAGAGGACGGGAGAUGCUUUUGUGUCACCCAGCACCGGUGGCUUGGGAGGAUGGAAGGGCAGCCCACCUGAAAUGCCGUGUAAGGAGUUGUGUCCAGAGCUAAAUGCCUGUAUACCCGCCGAGCUUUGGUGUGAUGGCCGUAAGCACUGCCCGGAAGGUAGCGACGAGAUGGUGUCUAACUGCCUGCUGGAGCGGGUGCCGUGGCUGUACCUGACUAUCGCUGUGCUGACGCUGCUGACACUGUUCUUCAUUACCGUGUCAGCUGUGCGCCGCCACAGAACACAGCAAGCCAAGAAGCGACAGCAGGACGCAAGGAGGGUGUCGACUCAGGAGUCCAUCCUACCUCCCAAGGAGAAAAGCUUAAGUGCCUAUGCUCUCGACUAUACCGACAUGGACUUUGAGACAACCGUAUAAAAUAGCAAAUGUUCACACAUUCAUACUAUACAGUAUGGCCUAGUGUUUGCGGUUCUUUGGGUUUGCUGCGGGAUGAAAAUGUUCUAAAGCCUGAGACUUCUUACCGUUCUCAAGGACUUUGUGAUGACGCGUUCUAAGUUUGGCUUCAUGUGUUAACGUUCUUUUGGUUAGCUGCUGGAUACGAACGUUUUAACGCUAAAGACUUCUUCCAUUCCCUUGGACUCUGAGAUGUCCGUAUGAGUUGUUCAUGCGUUCUUAACUUAAGUCUUGCCUUAAGUGUCUCGCAAUCUAGCUUUGCUGCCGGAUGCGAACAUUCUAAUACUACGACCUCUUCCGUUCUCCCGGUCUCUUUAAUGUUAACAUAUCCAGUGUUCUCACGUUCUUAGAUUGGCUUAGUGUCUACCGUUCUUUGGCUAUGCUGCUGGAUGCCAACUUUCAAAAUCUAAGACUCCUUCUGUUCUCUUCCGUGGCUUAGUUGCAAAGCUUUUCUCUGAGAAACGUUGGUUGCACGUCUUCCUUGACUCCUCGUCCCAGGUUACUGAUAAGAGGACUGACGAUAUGAGAUCCCAGCCCAAGUUUCCUCUUGGGUUUCACCGAAGAGUGAGCUGAUGAAAAAGACAUUAAAAAGAAUCCCAAGUCCUGUUCAAGAGUUGGUUAUGAAAAGGCUUUUAACUUAUUUAAGAGAGAAUGUAUUCCUUUUCUAUUGGGAUUAUUUUAAAACGAUUCUUAAUAUGGUUUUAGCAUCAUAAUUGUCGGAAAUAUUUAUUUUCUUCCUUAAUUUUAACCAAUAAGUAAAUUAUAUCUUUUUUUUGUAAAUUUUAUCUCUCUGUAGAGCUUCCCUGUCAGAUAAAGUUGGAACAACCAUUUAUUGUAAGGCAAAUUCUCUUACGACCUAAUUCAAUUUUGUUUAAUAAGCAUAUCGAAAGGGACGGCAGAUAUUCUGAAAUGUUGAACACAGGCUUGCAGUGAAUAACACAUCUUAAGCUACGUAAAUCUUCAUUCGCUACGAGUUAUUAUUCUUAAAAAGUUUUCUUCCGCUUUCAAUCAAAUGUCUUCACUGGAAAGUAUAUUUAGGGAAUUUACAUAUAUCAAAAUAAAGGGCAAACUAAUUGGCUUUGGCUUGGUAACCCAUUUUGGGAUUUUGUGUCGUUAAUAGUGAAAAAGUCAAGAAAUGGUGGAUUGAGAAAUAAUUUUAUGAUUAAGAAAUGGAUCUAUGAGAGUUAAACUGGACAAACCUUAAGAGCACUGUUAGAAUAAACUCAGUUGUCAUAUAACAGAAGAUAAGAUGUUACUGUCUGGAUGGCGGUGUUAAAAAGAAAGAAGAAA